AUGGAUGAGCGAUUAGUUAACGCUGAUAAAAUACAUUUUGUUAUUUCUACUUCUUCUUAUCCUCCUCCUCCUCCUCCUCCUCCUCCACCACCUCCUCCUCUUCCUCUUCCUUCUCUUCUUUCAAAAAUAUUUUUUACGAAAUUGAAAUUGUGA